AUGGAUGAGCAAGGAGGUGUUUGUAGUGAUAACAGACAACAACAAUUGCCUUGGAGUGUUAGGUUGAAGAUUACAAAAGAAGUUGCUAAUGCUGUGACUUAUCUUCACAGUAAGUCAUGGAUUGAAGAUAAAGUGAUGGGAACAGCUGGAUUCAUUGAUCCGUCUUAUUUCUCUACGGGUAUAGUGUCUGGAUACACUGAUGUGUUCAGCUUUGGAAUCCUUUCGUUGGUUAUUCUGAGUGGUAGACCUGCUGUGUUCGCUGGAUCAUUCGGAUUUUCUGAUAGUAUUCAUGACUAUAUGAGAGUUUUACAUGAGAAAGGAGAGCUGUUCUUGGAGCUAGGUGAUGAGUUUGGUGGAAAAUCGAUGUAUACAUUUCUUGAGAUGGCUUUGAGAUGCUGCGAGAAGAGGAAAGAAGACAGACCAAAGAUGAUUGAAGUGGCGAAAGAGAUUAAGCUGAUAGAGAAGUCACUAGAUGUUGCAUCAAGAAAGUAUAAAGACAAAGGUGGUAAGAAAGUUUACUUAGCCUAA